AUGGGUCGCAAGCCCAACCAGCUCAUCCUCGAGUUCUUCAUUCGCGGCCAGAAACUCGAGGAUGCCAGUAACCGCUACCAGCAUACGUGCAAGGCCUGCGGUGAGAAGUUCCCCAAGGGUCGCAUUGACAGUCUCACCAAUCAUCUGGUCAAGAAGUGCCAGGCGAUUCCGUUGCGGGACCGACAACGCGUCUUGUUGCGACUCCAUGAACUCCCAGACCUCGCCGAUGGGGACCAGAAUAAAGACCCCAAUGCCGCAGGGCAGAAUAGAGGAAAGUCGGUGGACCUGCCGUAUACGACGCGACCGAAUUUCGAUGGCUUGAAUGUGCUGGCCGAAGCCUCGAGGCAGGUGGGUGCGUCCGACCAGACGAAGCGGGGAGGCCCUGCAUAUACCCAAUCCGUGACCGUCGGGGGUAAGACGGUCGUCGUGGACCCGGCCCUCGAGGCGGAGGGCUUCCAGGGUCAUCCUACCCAGCCGGAUCCAAUGGACGAGGAUGUGAAGCCACCAGGGUCGCCUCAAACCCCGACCAACGCGACGGUGAUCCCUUCCCUCCCUACAACCGGUCAGAUGGACCCAACGGCCUCCGUCUCGCCUCCGCUGCCAGAGACCUCCUUAACCCCCGAUCCUACCGCCACGUCUCGGCAGUCGCAGCUGUCCCUGAUCGCCGCAUCUGCGAGUGAAAUGGUACCUCACGGCCUCCCGAUGGAUCAUGAUCCUACCACAGGACUUUCUGACGGUUUGCCCAAGAUGGGUUCCGCAUGGAACCACCAGCUCUCAACACAGGAACAACUGCUGUUUGACAGCCUUCAGGAACAUGAUCCAACGCUGACCGCCGCGACCCAACGCGCCGCCUCCUUCCCCCGUCCGAUCGCCAUGAACCCCAAUUCGCAGGCCAAGGGCUUUGUCAACGAAUUUGGCAACUCCACCAAACCGACCAAGCCCAAGGUCCGCGGUCGAUUCUCCGCCGCCAGACGUCGCGAAGUCCAAGAAGUGCGAAAACGAGGUGCCUGUAUUCGGUGUAGGAUGCUCAAGAAACCUUGUUCUGGUGAUAGCCCGUGUACCACCUGCGCCAGCGUUGAAAGCGCACGUCUCUGGAAACAUCCAUGCAUUCGUACCCGUAUUGCCGAGGAGUUUGAGCUAUACAACGCCAAUUUGCACGCUACACUGGCCUACCACGACGUUAGCGGGAUCCGGAACCAAGUCAAAUUCGAACACUACGCGGGUCGUAUUGAAGUGACACAUUUCGAAGAGAGCAUGGUUUUUGUAACGUUCAGUGGGGUUCAGGGUCACAAGGCAUCGGCAUCCACAUUAGAUCCCCAGCUUCAAGCCCUUGGCGAUGAUACACAGUUUCAGGGUCCCCUUCACGAGCUGUACCUACUCGACAGCGAUGCGGAUGAUCUUCCCGGGAAGAUUGAAAUGUACAUCAAAAAGACGGCUCCCUUUUUCUACGAGCGUGAGACGUCAGAUAUCAUGAGACCUACUUUGAUGCUUGCAUCGGAGUUGAGCCAACAGAAGAAGGAUUUGCUUUUGGAGCGAGUGCUGGAACUGUGGGUUGCCACUCAUAUUCUGGUCGACUCGGAGCUUCACUGGAAAACGUACUGCAACCCGACCCUGCCACCGACCUCGAUGCACUCCCUCGCGCAGUCUUCGGAUGAUGGACGUAUUCCCAUUGACGAAGUGACAAACGCCGAGUCGUACGCGCUGCUGUGUGGCCAGCUGCGCUCCGCCACCGAGAAGCGUGCGUCACAGCUGAGCAAGUCGGUGAUGAACGAUUUGGAGCGUCGCCUACUCCAGCGGCAGCAAAGUGGCUGGUUUGAGACCUUUUUGGUUUCUCUGAUUCUUCUAAACUGUGUUGAGAGAACCUGCUGGCUGUUCCGCUCGUGGGAUGACGAAAACUUUGCUCAGCGGUGGCCCCUCGACAAACGCCCUCCCUACUACGCCAGUCAGGGCGAUCGUUUCUCUGAUAUUCUGCACAUGUUGCUGAAGAUGCGCAGCCUGCCACCCAAGGCGACGCCUCUCCCGGACACUGGAAUCCUGAAAGCCGUCGAGGGUAGUGACGAUAAUGCUGCUCGUUGGUUUGAGAUGAUCAAAAUCACCCCCCUUUUCCUUGAACAGCGCCAGGCCGCGGCCUUUGACCCGACGGAUUCACGGUCUCUGGAUCUCCGCUACGGCGCCAAACUGCUGCCCCCGGCGAAUGUGUACUCAUGA